AUGUUGUAUGCGUCUGCUUCAGAGUCUAUCUCUGGAUCUUAUUCUGUUUCUGAUCUCUUUUCUUGUUCUUCUUAUCUUUUUCUCUUUUCUCAAAGUGUUUAUGAGUGGAUUCUUCGUGCUCGUGCUUCGAUCUCCGGAUCUAGAUCUGCUAAUUCACCUGGUUUCUUAUGGAACAAAGAUAAUAGGACUUGGAUUACAGUCACUAUAGUUUACGCAAGCCCUCAAUCAUCACAAAGGAAACUUCUUUGGGACAAACUCAAACAAUUGGAUCCCGGAAACAAUGAAGCGUGGACACUAGGUGGUGACUUUAAUGCCAUUUUAAGAUGGGAAGAAAGGAAAGGUGGUGUUCCCCGAGGGUCCGGAGUGAAAGGAUUUCUCACACUUUGUGAAUACAACAACUUGAACUGGUCUUUUCGAGUCAUAGCUGCAUGGCUUGAUCAUCCCAUUUUCAAGGAAUUUCUCAGCACAAACUGGAACCGGGAAGCACAUGUCUGUUGGAACGUCGAGGAAUUCAAAAAUAAGGUGUCAACUUGGAACCAAGAAGUCUUUGGUCACAUAGGGGUCAGAAAGAGGAAAACCUUGGCUCGGCUUAGGGGAAUAGAGAAAGCUUUGAACAAAGCUCACUCGUUAUUUAUUGAAGACCUGGAAAAGCAACUACAAACAGAGCUUGACGUCAUAUUAGAACAAGAGGAAAGCCUAUGGUUUCAAAAGGCGAGAAGUAAAUGGGUACUUCAGAGCAACAAAAAUACAAAAUACUUCCAUACAUCCACGAUGAGCAGACGAAGGACAAACACGAUCAAAGCAUUAAAAUUGUCGGAUGACACAUGGUGUGGAGAUCAAGAAACGUUGAAGGAUAUGGCUACAGAUUUCUACCAAAACAUGUUCACAAACUCUAACAUGGACGGUCAUGGAUACGAGCUCAGCGGUGAAUUUCUGAUAAUGGAGCAAAAUGUAAAAGAAGAGUUAGUAGCACCGGUAACGGUCGACGAAAUCAAAGGGGUAAUGUUUGAGAUGAACCAAUGGAAAGCACCCGGGGUGGAUGGUAUGCAUGCUUUAUUCUAUCAACGUAACUGGAAUAUUGUGGGGGAUUUAGUAUGCAAGUUUGUUAAGGAAGUGUUCAAUGGUGCUCAAUCGACGAAAACCUUAACAUCACACUAUUAG